AUGUCUGAAGGCAAGAGAGAACGACCUUCAGUUGUCUCACACGAAUGCGUCGAGGAUGGAACAAUUCGUGUCAACAACGACGCCAUCCGGCGUCUCAGCGUUGUCCGCACCAACAUUCGUCAACAGCAGGAGGAUGCUAGACUUGCAACGAACGCCGAGAAGACGAUGACUGUUCGACAAGCCGUUCGCUUGUAUAAGUGGGCAAUCAUAUACUCCAUGGCUAUGAGUUUGGCCGUGGUGAUGGAAGGUUAUGACCUUGCAGCGAUGGGCUCCUUCCUCGGCUAUGAUCAGUUUCGCCAGCGCUUUGGCACAGAGCUCGACCUAGAUGGCAACCCUAGAAUUUCACCUGCCUGGCAAGCUGGGAUUCAGAAUGGAGUUCAGGCCGGCUCGAUUCUGGGUCUCUGGGCCAACGGCUACGUCGCUGAAAGCUUUGGCUACAAGAAGACUAUGUAUGGCGCCCUACUCGCGUCAGUCAUCUUCAACUUCCUCCACUUUUUCGCUCAAGGUAUCGGAAUGAUCGUGGCUGGUUCCGUCUUGCUCGGUCUACCAUGGGGCAUCUUCCAAACUCUCACAGUCACUUACGCUUCGGAUAUCACUCCUUCAACCAUUCGCCCGUACCUGACUACCUACAUCAACCUAUGUUGGGUGAUGGGCCAAUUUGUCGCAGCAGGCGCGCUCCGUGGUUGCCAAACUCUGGGGAAUGACUGGGGCUGGCGCAUCCCAGUCGCCAUCCAGUGGGUGUGGGUGCCGUUCAUUUUCCUUGGUGCCUACAUGGCCCCAGAAUCGCCCUGGUGGUUGGUACGCAAGGGUCGCUACGAAGAGGCGAGGGCCUCUUUGGUGAAGGCUACAACACCACAGCCGGAUGUGAACUUCGAUCCAGACCAGGCCCUUGCUUUAAUCCGGCACACCAAUGACCUCGAACAGGCAAUGAACAACGGUGUCAACUACAUCGACUGCUUCAAGGGUGUUGAGAAGCGCCGUACUCUAAUUGCAUGUGUCGUCUGGCUGACGCAAGCGCUCUGCGGUGCUGCGAUGAUGGGCUACUCUGUGCAGAUCUACAGGGAGUCUGGUCUCGACGAGGAAGGCGCACUCAACCUUAAUAUUGGCCAGUACUGUCUUGGCGUCAUCGGCACUGUUGGCUCAUGGUUCCUCAUGCGCCGUAUUGGACGCCGGACGUUGUAUAACUGGGGCCUUAUUAUUCUGUUUUCCUUCCUGAUGGUCAUUGGUGGUCUUGGUGUCAUCUCCCGCGACGACACAGGCGCUGCAUGGGCUCUGGGAAGUAUCUUGUUGGUGUAUACACUCUUCUACAACUUCACGGUCGGUCCUGUAUGCUACGCCAUCGUUGCGGAGACCUCAUCGACCAGGCUGAAGAUCAAAACCGUCGUUCUGGCUCGUAAUGUCUACAACCUCGGAAGCAUUUUCAACAACAUCGUCGUCCCGCGCAUGCUCUCACCCAACGAGUGGAACUGGGCUGGAAUGACUGGCUUCUUCUACGCUGCACUUACCGCUCUGCUCAUCAUCUUCAUGUGGUUCAUGCUACCUGAGACGAAGGAUAGGACAUUCGCAGAGCUUGAUGUCUUGUUUGAGAACAAGGUUCCCGCCAGGAAGUUCGACAAGACCGACGUUGACCAGCUCUCUGGCCACACUACAGCCAUCAGGGUAGAUAGUAGCGAUGAAAGCAGUAGUGAUGGUGAGAAGCCUAGAGCUCUUAGACGUGAGGAGGUCCAGUCCUUUGGGGGAGUCCAUGUAUAG